CCUCCUCUCCCGGCAGAGGGUCGCGCGGGCAAGCGGGCCCUAGGGCCCCCCCACCUCCCAGGGCCCUUCCCCGCAGCCUGGCUGGCGGCCCGCUCCAGAAGGGCAGCCGGGGCGCGGCGGCCCCGCCCAGGCCAGUCCCGGGCGGGGGCCGGUUCCCAUAGGGAUUGCGGCCGGGGCGGCGGCGAGCGGAGCCGGCAGAGAGGCGGCGAGGCGGGAGCAGGGCCAGGCCGGGCCGCGCGGCGCCGUGCUUGACAAAGACCCAUCGUUGAGUGGGGCUCUAGUACAGUCAGUCUGUUCGUGCCAGUAUUUCAUAAGCGACAUUUUCAAACUAUGUGAAGAUCCAUUUUAAGAUUUAUUCCUCCUCUAUGAUGGAGAAGUAUGAAAAAAUUGGGAAAAUUGGCGAAGGAUCCUAUGGAGUUGUUUUCAAAUGCAGAAACAGGGACACGGGCCAGAUUGUAGCCAUCAAGAGAUUUCUGGAAUCAGAAGAUGACCCUGUCAUAAAGAAAAUCGCCCUUCGAGAAAUCCGCAUGCUCAAGCAACUCAAGCAUCCCAACCUGGUUAACCUUAUCGAAGUCUUCAGAAGGAAGCGGAAGCUUCACCUGGUGUUUGAGUACUGCGACCACACCGUUCUCCAUGAGUUGGACAGACACCAAAGAGGGGUACCAGAACAUCUUGUGAAGAGCAUAACUUGGCAGACAUUGCAAGCUGUAAAUUUUUGCCAUAAACACAACUGCAUACAUAGAGAUGUGAAGCCAGAAAAUAUCCUCAUCACAAAACAUUCAGUGAUUAAGCUUUGUGACUUUGGAUUUGCUCGGCUUUUGACUGGACCAAGUGACUACUACACAGACUAUGUGGCUACCAGGUGGUACCGCUCCCCGGAACUAUUGGUGGGGGACACCCAGUACGGCCCCCCAGUAGAUGUGUGGGCUGUUGGCUGUGUCUUUGCUGAGCUGCUGUCAGGGGUGCCUCUGUGGCCGGGGAAAUCAGAUGUGGAUCAGCUCUAUCUGAUUAGGAAAACCUUGGGAGAUCUCAUUCCUAGACACCAGCAGGUAUUUAGUACAAAUCAGUACUUCAGCGGGGUGAAAAUUCCAGACCCUGAGGAUAUGGAACCACUUGAAUUAAAAUUUCCAAACAUCUCUUCUCCGGCCCUGGGGCUGUUAAAGGGCUGUCUCCACAUGAAUCCUGCUGAGAGAAUGACAUGUGAACAGCUGUUGCAGCACCCGUAUUUUGACAGCAUCAGAGAAACAGGGGAUUCAGCAAAAGAGCGUGAUAGACCAAUAAGGAAGACGCUGAGACAGAGCCGAAAGCACCUGCCUGGGCUGCAGUACCUACCCCAGCUGACCAGCAGCAGCUUCCUUCCAGCUUUGGAUAAUAAGAAGUACUACUGUAACUUGAAGAAACUCAACUCCCGUUUUCCAAACAUUUAAGGAGCUUGAAGAUUGAUGAUGAAAAAGGAACCGAACUUACAAACUUGAUUGAAAAUAAUCAUAAUGCUUUAAGAACAUCAGGAGAAAACCUAAGUAAUAACCUGGGGGAGGCCAGCUGGCAGAAUCGGAAGGGGAAUUACAGAGGCAGCCUUCUUCCAUGCUUCCUGAUGGUGACUAGAACAGAAAGGAAAAAACUUGUUUGGAUUUUCACUUGCAUUUUUGUUGUAUCUAAGUAGCUGAGUUUAUUGACAGAAAUACAAAUUGUAGCUGCUGCCCAUAUAUCUGGCAAGAUUAGAGAUGUGAUAAAGAUUUAUGCUUCAACUGUACUAUAUGCAACAAGAAAAAUGGAUUACAAAACACCCAUACGUAUUUCUUGUAUCUCUUUCACAUGGAGUCCUAUCCCCUGCCUUUUAGUUCCUGAAAUCAAAAUGUUUAAAAUCCCAUUUCCUGCUUGCUCUAUUUCUUGAUUUUCCUAUUUUAAAACAUUUUUGGAAUAUUGAAGAGUUGCUUAAUAUUUUUAAAAAUCAUGGAUUAUCAUAACAAAAUUACAAAUUUAAUGAUAUUUCUAGACAUUUCUUGCAUAUGCUUUGGUCUUUACCUUUAGUAAAGGAUGCAUCUUAGUCAUUUUUGCAGGCAAGAUGGGUUUAUAUAACCCAUCCACAGGUUACCCAAUUCCCCAUGCAAACAGUGGUGUGAAGGCUGGCGGCAGACCAAGGCGAUCAAGAGGUAGAACGAGUCCUGCAGGCUUCCUGGGAACUGAGCCUAUCAGCCUGAGAAUAAUUAUUCUUCAUUCUCUCCAGCUCAGCCUCAGACUUGGAGACAGAUCUAUGGGCAGGACUAUCUACAGUAAUCUGGGAUUUGGAAGAAAUUGCUUGAGUUUUUACUUGGAUCAUGAAAGACGUGAGGUUGUAAACUCCUAUUUUUCCUGAAAUACUUUUUUAUGCUAUCUGUAUGUAUAUGUGUAUACACAUGCAUAUGUGUCUGUACACAUAUAAGUGUGUGUAUACAUAUACUAUGCUAAGAACUGAUAAAAAUAAUAACAGAGUAGUCCAAAUUGAUACUGAAGAUUCCUAGCUUUGUAUUGUGAGACUUGAAAUGAUGACCUAUAAUUAGCUUUGACACGGGCUACCACUCUUCAAAAAGCUUCAUCACUCCUGUCCCCUGAACACAGGGUAAAAUGAAGCUCACGUCUGUUUCUUAUAGCUGACUGCCAGUUUUGGCUGAUGGGCUGCUGCUGUGUCCUAGUCAUUCUCAGCCAUAGUUUUAGAUGUUGUAUUUUACGGUAUCUUCAGAACAUUUCUUCUGUACUCUUACUAGUUUACUGCUAUAGUAACUUCCUUCAUGACAGCAUAGGACUUUAUUCUUUACUGCUAAGUAACUCACCAAAUUUAGGCAUCUGUUCAAUAAUUUUGGCCACUCCAGCCAGGUUAAUGAUAUUCUAAGGCUUCCUGAUGUAUGUGGCUUCUUGCAAGGAGCUGACAGUGGGUUAAAUACUAGUCUCGGCAUUAUCUGAUUCUUCUUAUGUGGCUUUGAUUCAAAUGGCAAAGAAGGACAGCCCACUUCUGUGAAGAGUUUACAUUUUGUGUUUUUCUUUUUAACCCAAAACAAUGUACUUGACGAGGCAGAUGAUUAUAACUGCCUAAUUUAUCCAGUAGUUUUAUAGAAAACCAUUUAGAAUACAAAAGUAGUUGCAGACUAAAUUGUGGUGAAUCAGUUGCCUCACCACACAAUAAGCAAACAAAUCUGAGAUGGAAGCAUUCAUUUUUUUCUAAUGAGUUCUAAAUGUGCACUAAUGCUUAAUUCAACCAUAGCUGUAAUCAUUCAUUCAGCAUGGAGUCACUAUUGUUUCACAUAAGACUGUUUUACAACCUAGUCUUUUUAAUUUGUUAUUUUCUGAUUUUGUAAAUGACAGUGGCAAUUAUUCGUAAAUAGUAUAUCAUUUGUGGUAUGUGCUAUUUACAUAAGCUGGUUUCUAAACACAAUUAAAAUCCACUUUUUCUACCCCAA